GUUCAAGCAUUUCCGCUUUGGAAUGCCUUGAUAUUUAAAGAUUUUUAGGAUAAAUUUUAAAAAUUUAUUCCUUUAGACAGCUUAAUUUUUAGAAAUUUCCUCAUAAACUUCAGUAACUUGUUGUGACAUAUUGUUUUGUUUGACUGAUAUUGAACCGAUUGGUUUAAAACUUGAGAUAUGGCAGAAGUAGAUUCGGUUACUUUGGCCACUAUCAAUUACUACAUUAGAGAAAAGCAGUGGCGUCAUGCCCAAAGUGCUGCUCAAGAGGGUCUAAGGAAAUAUAACAAUGACUCAGUUCUUCGGUUCUUUAAUGGAUUUACAAUGGUUUUAGAGGACCGUGUACAAGAUGGUAUGAGAGAAUUAGAAUCUCUAUUAGGGAAGAGAGACGUUAAUUUGUGCACCUAUAUUGCCUUAAUGUACGCUCAUAAAAUAUGUCGAAGUGUUGAUAAGGAAGCUCUUAUUCAAUUAGACGAAAAAUUAAAGUCAGAGAGAAAGCAAGCGGGAGAAAGGGGUUUAUUCUAUGCUGGUACAGUAUUAUAUCAUCUUGGUAAACCAGAUAAAGCAAGGGAAUAUAUAGAUAGAAUGCUUAAACAGAAUGCAGAGUCCAAAGACGGUUUGGCUCUAAGAGGUUGGAUAGAACUAGAAGCUGGAAGAGAUUCGAAAAAAGCAGUAAAAUACUUUGAUGAAGCUUUAGGUCAAGCAGGACAAAAGGAAGUUGAUGCUCUAUUUGGUAAAGCUAAAUUUUUCGAACAACGUAAAAACUAUUCCGGAGCUAUUGAGCUAAUCAAUCAGAUUGUUGUCUCCGUUCCAAAAAUGGUUGCUGCACUUGUUGAAAAGAUGAAACUUCAAUUAUCUCUUCAGGACUGGGAUUUAGCAAUAGAUGUUGCUCAGAGAGCAUUAGUAAUCGAUUCAGGCUGUUUAGAAGCAAAUCGUUUUAUAAUCCUACAAAUUUUGUGUAGAGAAGGAAACUACGAAGAAGCUGGGAAUCUUAUAGGAGAAUUAUUAGGGCAUAUGGAACGAACCGAACCGAAGAAUGCCUACCUAUUUAAUGAAUAUAGUAAAACAUUUUCAAGAUUGAGUGGUAGAAGUCCACACAUUUUACAGCAAACCUACGCUCUCCAGGAAAAAGCAGUUUCCAUACAAAAUACUAAAUCUGAAUAUUUGAAUGAAUUAGGAUUGCAAAUGUUCAUGCAAGGUCGAGUUAAAGACUCUCUAAAAUGUUAUAGAAAUGCCAUGAAAUACGAUGAAAAUUCUGUUGCUGCUCUUACGGGAGUUAUUCGAUGUCAAUUGCAAGAAGAUCAAUUGAAUGAUGCUUCGCAACAAUUGGAAUUUUUAAAUGAAAUUCAACAAAAUAUCGGAAAAAGCCCGGAAUUAUGCUUCUUAACUGCGAUAUUGGCUAGGAAAAAAGGAAAAUCUCCAGAAACUGUUAUAGAUUUAUUAUCUGAAGCAGUAGAGUUACACUUUGCAAAUCUAAGGGGAUUGGUUUUGGGAACUGAUUAUUUUUACAACUUCAACCCUGACUUUUUGAUCGAAAUUGUUGAAGAAUAUAUGAACUACGCUCCCCAACAACCUCCUACCGCAAAGGGUCAACCAAUUGAUCCUGUCCUUAAGAAAUGUUCAUUUAUUCUUGAUCCAUUGACAAAAAAUAUCCCUGGUAGUAUGGAGGCUCUGUUUCUAAUGGCGAAAGUAAAGUACCUUACUGGAAAUAUUGAUAUUGCUCAAGGAACUUUGAAAAAGUGUUUGGAUAUUGACAGUACAUUCUCCGAUGGUCAUGUUCUUAUGGCUCAAAUUUACUCUCAUCAAGGAAAUUUUAAAUUGGCAAACCAAUCCUUGGAUUAUGGUUUGAGUUACAACUUUGAAGUGAGAGAGCAUCCAUUAUAUCAUCUCAUCAAAGCGAGAAUUUUCAAAAAACAAGAGGACUAUGAACAAGCUAGGAAUACGUUACAAGCUGCUAUGCAACUACCAGGAGUAAAAUCAAACAGCCAACAAACUAAUAAAAAGAAAAUUUCUAUCUCAACUAACGAUCGUGUGUCGGUUUUCUUAGAAUUGGCAGAAGCUCAUAGACACUUGGAUGAACAACAUGAAGCUGCAAAGGUAAUGCAAGAUGCUCUUAAUGAAUUCCAAGGAACCCCUGAAGAAAUUAGGAUAACAGUUGCUAAUUCGGAUUUGGCUUUGGCUAGGGGAGAUGUAGAAGGAGCCCUUGCUAUGUUGAGAAAUGUUGCGCCUGAUCAAGCAUAUUUCGUUCAAGCUAGAGAGAAAAUGGCUGAAAUUUACUUGAAUUAUAGAAAGGAUAAGCGUUUGUACGCUUCUUGUUACAGAGAACUAGUUGACAAACAUCCUAGCCCAGAGACAUGCUUACUCUUAGGAGACGCUUAUAUGGCUAUUCAAGAGCCGGAAAAAGCAAUAGAAGUAUACGAAUCGGCAUUAAAGAAGAAUCCUCGCGACUAUGGCCUGGCUCAAAAAAUUGGACAAGCCCUAGUUAAAACUCAUAAUUAUAAUAAAGCAAUCAAUUAUUACGAAGCAGCAUUAAAGGCUGGAGGUCAAGCUCGAUUACGUUUCGAUCUUGCAGAACUUCUUGUAAGAAUUAGACAGUAUGAUAAAGCUGAAAAAGUACUAAAUCAAGCUCUGGAGGCUGAAAAUAAUGCAACUGAGUUUGAUAGUCUCAUAAGUCAGAGUAAAUAUUAUAUUCUGCUAUCUCAAUUGUAUGCUAAGAGAGUCAACUCUUUGGAAAAUCAAAAUCAAUGCAUUGCCUAUCUUCAAAAAGCAAAAGAUGUUCAAAACAGAGUUUUAAGAAGAGUUACUAUGGAGCAACCUGACAGUUUAGCCGAACAGAAAAAUCUAGCUGCCAAAAUUUGUAAACAAAUGGCUGAAAAUGCUUAUAAUGAAAGAGAUUUUACGAAAGCAAUACAAAUUUACAAAGAGGCUCUUACCCAUGCCGAAAAUGAUGGAAAGCUAAUGUUAGAGCUUGCCAAGUUGUAUUUAACGACUGAUAAUUUAGAUGAAUGCCAACACUUGUGUAUGAGUCUUCUAAAGAAAGAUGAAGAAACUGAUGCAGCAACCAUUAUGAUGGCUGAUGUAAUGUUUAGAAAAAAGGAUUAUGAGCAAGCCACAUAUCACUUUAAACAACUUUUAUCAAACCGUCCAGAUAAUUUUGAAGCGUUAGAAAGACUUGUCGAUUUAAUGAGGAGAGCAGGGCAGUUGGAAGAUGUUCCAAAAUUUUUAGAGAUGGCUGAAAAAGCUAGUUCAAGGGCCAAUAUUGAAGCUGGCUUUAAUUAUUGUAAAGGAUUGUACUAUUGGUAUGCAGGAGAUCCGACUACAGCCUUAAAUCUUUUUAACAAAGCUAGAAAAGAUAGUGAAUGGGGAUUAAAAUCUAUGUACAAUAUGAUUGAAAUUUGUCUAAAUCCUGACAAUGAAACACUUGGUGGAGAAGUAUUUGAAGCAGUUGAUGCUGAUCCAUCAGAAAGACAAGAUACGGAACAAUUUGCUGCUAUGAAAACUGCAGAAAAGUUUAUUAAAGAGUUGAAACCUAAACAAAAUGAUUUGAAACCAGUAAUUUUACAUUGCAUGUGGUUGAUAGCGACCAAGAAGCGACAGAACGUUGACGAGGCUGUCAAUACAUUAAGCGAAUUAGUAAUGGAAGAGCAGCAAUCUAAGGAAAAUGUCGAGGCUCUACAUGGUAUGGCCGUGGCUUUUGUUGGUAUGAAACAACAACAAAAAGCUAGGAAUUUUUUGAAGAGAAUUGCUAAAGCACCUUGGAAUAUGGAGGAUGCCGAGGCUUUGGAAAGGUCAUGGCUCUUACUCGCUGACAUGCACAUUCAAACUGGAAAGCACGAUUUAGCUGUUGAACUGCUAAAAAAAGUUAUACAAUACAAUGCCUCUUGCGCAAAAGCCUACGAAUAUCUGGGUCACGUGAUGGAAAAAGAACAAAGCUAUGAAGAUGCAGCGAAUAAUUACGAACAAGCGUGGAAAUAUAGUCACGAAAAUAAUCCGAACAUAGGAUUUAAACUAGCUUUCAAUUAUCUGAAGUCUAAAAGAUACGUUGGAGCAAUUGAUGUUUGCCAAAAGGUAAUAGAUAAGAAUCCAAACUAUCCCAGGAUAAAGAAAGAAAUACUGGAGAAAGCAAGACAAAACAUUAGAACAUAA